GUGGCCAGCCACCAGCAAUGCACUCCUGGCCCCAGAACACGGGGUGCUUCACCCAGGAGGGUCCUGAUGCCGAGGGCAACUCGCCUGCUCUGUCCUUAGCUGAUCAAGAUGCCACCGCGGUUCCUGCAUCUCUGCCGUCACCCUCUAACGUCAACCAGUCCAAGGACUUAUUUUGCCACCUGCCCCCUCACCUCUCCAUGUACAUUCUGGGGUUUUUGGAUCAGAAAUCCCUCACAGUGUGUGCUUCUGUGAACAGAUGCUGGGCUUUCCUGGCCAACGAGGUGAAGAGGGAACGUGUGUGUCAGAAGAUGGUACGGGAGAACAUCCUCUAUUUGCAGGGGUUGUGCCCUCAAGGAGCAGUUUCAAACUAUGCUAAAAUGGUCGAUGUGACAAUUCCUCAGUUAAACGAAGAGGGGGAUGUCAUUGAAGUGAAAGACCAGAAUGGGGGAAGUGAAACGAAGGAGAACAAAGACAACUUGCAGGCAGCCUACUGUGAUCUGCAAACUGACACAAUCCAGCUGGAAGAGAGAAAUGUCUUCUGUGGCUCCUACAACAGCUGUGUCCUCAUGGACGAAUCAGACCCAAGCAGAAUCAUCCACUACAGCGGUGGGAACCUGGUAGCCGUUGGCUCUGCAGACCGAAAAGUGAGGUUCCUGGGUAUGUCGGGAAUGAAGGAAGUGUUGCCUCUGCUCUCUGGCCAUGCUGGGAGCAUCAAAGCUCUGUUCCUCGAGGAGAAGAAAGGGUUUGUUCUCAGCGCAAGCUUUGAUCUCAGCAUCAGAUGCUGGAAUAUCUACAGUGGCGCUUGUAUGAAAAUCUUUAAUGGUCACUGUGAGACAAUCACCUGCUUGGAUUUGCAUGACGAGCAGUUUGUGUCGGGAGCCAGAGAUGGAAUGGUGAAAGUGUGGAACCUGGAGAGUGGGAAAUGUCUGAAGACGCUGAAGCACAGCAGUGCCGUUUGGGUGGUUAAAACAGACGGCAGCCGCGUUGUCAGCGGGUGUGAGCGAGGGCUGGUGAAAGUCUGGUGGGCAGAUACGGGCACUCUGAUCAAAAUAUUGGAGGGGCACCAAGGCCCUGUUAAGUGCUUGGCCUUUGAUCAGUGGCACCUUGUCACAGGAAGCACUGAUGGGUUUGUCCUGGGAUGGAGCAUGUUGGGAAAGCUGAAGAGAUGUCUCACAGCUUUCCGCCACCCUAGGGAGGUUCUGUCUCUGGAGUUCCUCUAUCUCCGAGUGAUCAGCGGCUGUGCUGACGGGAAGAUCCGGAUCUUUAACUACCUGACUGGGACCUGCCUGAAAGUGUUAAUGGCCUGCCCCCAAGGGGACCCCAUAUCUUCUUUCUAUGUUGCAGGAAACAGGAUGGUCAUCAAUUCACCAACUAGCCUGUUGAUAUUCCAGUUUGAGGAUGUCAAGUGGGACCAUACCUUAGGUGCUGACCGAGUGAUGGUGGGGAAGAAAAACCAGCGCACGGGGCAGAGCGUUCCACGGACACCACGCCAUGCCGGCAGCCAGGCGCAUCGGCUGGCUCUGCAGACACAGGAUGCUGACCAGCUCAUGCGGUCUCACUGGAUUCACAGCCAGUCAUCAAAAGAUGGCAAAUCUGAACACAGCCCUUCUCUCUGGGUACCUGCACAUCCCGACAAGGCAGAAGCCACUUUGCACCGUGAAAAGAGAAGAUGCCCAAGUCAUCCCAUAUCCCCUGACAAGCUCCUCUUAAUGGUCAGCACGCUGCAGAACGCCCGCCAGUCAGCCCCAGUCAGCUCCAACCCUUCCCAGAGUGACAGUGGGUUCAGGCUUCAGACAGGAAAACAGAAGGAGGUGGAUGAGGCAGCUGCUGUGGCUCAGCACCAGGCGCAGCAGGCGAAGCUCCGGGAAGAUCAGCAGAGAGCGUGCAGGAAGGCCUGGCUGAGGAAAGUCAAAGGCUUGCCUGUAGACUCCUUUACCAAGGAGGGGAGAAUACCUGCUCCUGAACUCGGGCUUAAUACCUUUAUCUGA